AUGUCUGCAGCUUGCGCCAACUGUGCGUGUGGGCGCCCGCCUUACCUGCAGCAUCAGCAGCAGCGAGCCCUCGAAGUACCCCCGUCAGCAACGGUGCACGCCGGGACGGGGCGGCCGGUGCAAAUCUCUGGCUUCCUCGCGGCCCUUCCGCCAGUCCAUUUCUCCGCGAAGCCUGGCCUGCCCCCUUUAGAGGCAUCCCUGCCGGCUCCUCGGGGCACAGGCCCCGCAGAAGGGCCGAGGGCCGAGCCCAGCCGCUCCACGCCUCUCUGCCCAAAGCCGCAGCGGCGACAGUGGAAGGGAUUCCGGCGCGCCGGGGACGCGGCGCCUUUAAGGCGGCCGCGGCGGCCGGGCCCUCCCCGAGAAGGGGCGGGGCUCGAGCGCUUCCCGCGAAACCUGGACAAGAAGGCGAAGGAGCUGGUCAACGUGAUCCUCUCACCGGGCCAGAAGCAGGAGAGGGGGGCCCAGCCAGAGAAGGACCUGGCCAGAGAGACCCUCGCACAGCUGAGAUGCCGGCUGGAGAAGCUGACCCAGAAAGGCCAAGUACCGGCCGGUACCUCCGAAGCCAAGGGAGACGUAAAGAGCAGGUUGCAACGGGCACGGCUACUGGAGACCAAGAUCUGCGCCAGGAAAACGGCGGAGGAGGAAAAGGACCGCCUCUCCCAGCUCCCGUUGGCCACGCAGGAUCCUAAGCCAGAAGCAGAGGGCAGUGAGAAGGUGCCGGCCUACCAGCGAUUCCACACCCUUGCGCAGGACGUGCCCCCCGGGCUCACGCUGCCCUACAAGUACAGGCUGCUGGCCGAGAUGUUCCGCAGCAUGGAAACCAUCGUCGGGAUGCUUUUCAACCGCUCGGAGACAGUGACCUUUGCCAAGGUCAAGCAAGGCGUCCAGGACAUGAUGCGGAACAUGGAAACCAUCGUCGGGAUGCUUUUCAACCGCUCGGAGACAGUGACCUUUGCCAAGGUCAAGCAAGGCGUCCAGGACAUGAUGCGCAAGGAGGUGGGCAUAGCUGUGAACGGUGCCCUGGCGCCAGCUGAGAUCUCGUGGAGGUUGCUGCGUGGUAAGAGAGACAAAUCCCUCUUCUUGGUUUCAGGCGAGAAACUGUCGGCUUCACAUCUGCUGGAGCGCCAGAAAGUGUUCAACAGGAACCUGGUUAACGUCGUCAAAGAGCAUCACAAGGCUUUCCUGGCGUCCCUCAACCCUCCCAUGGCGAUUCCAGAUGACAAGCUGGCCCGAUGGCACCCUCGGUUCAAGGUGGACGAAGUGCCCGAUAUUGUGCCGGCGGAGCUCCCUCGGGCCCCCCAGGUGGAUAAGCUCACCACGGCCCAGGAGGUGCUGGCGAAGGCGCGCACCAUGCUGACCCCGAAGAUGGAGAAGGCCUUGGCCAAUCUGGCCCUGAGGACAGCCGAAGCCAGCCCCUCUGUGCCAGAGCCUCCCAGGUCCGCCCCGCCUUCUCCAGCCCCCACCCCCAGCAGCCUGAAAGGGGUGUCGCAGUCCCUGUUGGAGCGGGUCAGAGCCAAGGAAGCGCAGAAGCUGCAGGCCCUGAUGACGCGGGACCCUCUGCAAGAGCGGCGGCUUGAGAGGCUGGCCCGCCUGCCCGAGAUGGCGCGGAUCCUGCGCAACGUGUUUGUGGCCGAGAAGAAGCAGGCUCUCACCAUGGAGGUAGCCUGCCAGCGGAUGACCGAGAGCUACCGGGGCCUCCUGAUGCCUGGAGAGAUGGAAAAACACCUCCGCCUCUUCUCGGAGCUGCUGCCGGACUGGGUGAGCGUCCUCCCCGUUCGGACUGAGACCUACGUCAAGCUGGACAAAAGUCGAGACCUCAACGUCAUCACGGAGCGCCUGACUGCCCGGGUCAAGGAAGAGAAGCAGCCGUGACCCCCGUGCUGCUGACCAGAGAUGCUCACAGGGACACCGGGAAUUCUGCCUGGGCAAGGACUUCUACAGAGGAGUCCCAGGCAGUGGCCUCUGUUUCGCUUGGUCAUAUCCACCUCCCCUGCAGAAGAUGCUGCUGCAAGAGUUUUAGCCUCCCCCCAUAUUACUCCUGUGUGCCAAGUUUCAAAGCCAGGGAAGGCACUCAGUGGAUUUGCUUGCUUCCGCAUGGCCUUGACCACUGGAGGAGGCAGCCUUUCCCCUAAACUAUAAAAAG